CUCGGGUCAGAUACUCACUAGAUGAGACAUCAUACUAGGGAUGGAGUAUGCAGAUAAUCAGCUGGGAUCCCAAGUAGAAAGGAAGAAUAAUCCAUAAAAUAAUAAGGAUCAACAGAAAGAAGAAAUGAUAUCAGAAAGGGGAUUGAUAUCAGAUGGGAAUCAUAUAGUAGGGAUAGCAUUCUGAGACAAUCUGAUAUAACCACAUCGGCAGAGCUAUAAAACAGCUCAACGUUCCCUCAUCCAAACUCUUCAUUCUGUUCAUCCGUUCUCUUCAUCCAGUCUCUUCCUCCAGUCUUUUCAUCCAGUCUUUUCAUCUUAGCAAACUAUCACUUUGCAUCCUUCUAGCCUCUCAACAUGCGCUUCAUCGCUCCUCUCCUGUUCACUCUCGCCGUGGCCGCCCUGCCCGGCCGCGCGCCCGCCGAGUCCAACUCCCAGUCGUCCACUCUUACCAUUGACCAAGCCAAAACCGCCUACGCCGGCGAAGAUAUUGCCUGUUGCAACAGCGUCGACAGCAUGAAGGGCGACGGUAUCCUGGGCAACCUGAUCGGCCAAGGCAUCUUGCCCAACCUGCUGGGCCAGGGCGACUCGGCCUGCGCCAAAACCUCGCUGAUUGACAAUCUGCAGAUUCUGGGUAAUUCUUUCUUCCAUUUCUGUUUUUCUCUCUUCCCUCUCUUACUCAUUCUAAUACUCUUUCCUCUAGGCCUUACCAAGCAGACUGAUCAGGGAGAGGCCUGCUCGGGCACCACAGCUGUCUGCCCCAAGGGUGAGAAGGAGGUAAGUAGCGCUUGUCCUGUUGCUUUUCAUUUUCGGUGUGCUAAUUGUUGUUCUAGUGCAAGGAAAUCAAAUAGGGAAUCGUAGGAUACUCCAUAGAUAGUAGUAUACUCAUCUUUUUAUACGCCGUAUCUAAGCCCUUGGUGAAAAGAAC